AUGGUAACCGAAAUGAUAAAUUUCGACCACAAUGAGUUUAAAAUAAAUGAUUUAGAAGUGGAUCACGAAGACCCAAUCCUUAAACAAGAGCUUAAUCAACUAAUUUAUGAGCAGUUGAGUAAUUUUGACUUCAGUGAUGAAGAAAACCAGCUAGGGUUAGCUGCGAAUGAUGCUGUACCGUGUGACUCUAACGAUUUAAUGAGCAUUUUCGAAGCAGAUAAAUUGUCUUUGCUAGAAGGUGCUAUUCAGAAUUUUGGAGAGUGUUCUGAAAAUGAAACCACGAAUUCAAAUGAGUUAACAAGUUCUAAAAAUGAUAGUGAGCAAUCACGUAAUGGAUGCAGAUUCGCUGAAUCACAUGGUCAGUGCACCCUAAACACCUGUGGUUCUCAGCACCCUGAAGAUCCCAACAACAAAUCUGAGCGAUUUGAAAACCCUAAUAAUGGUCAUCCUGCCUGUAGUAACUACCACAAUGAGACAAAAGAUGGCAGUUCUGAACCGGUUCUUAGUUGGGACCUAAGUCUUCCUGAUGAGACUGGAGAUAAAUUAUCUGAUGUGGCGCGACACAAUGUAGAACCAUGCACAGCACAAGGUGUAAUUCUUACUCUUCCUAAUCAUACUGAAUCCUUACAAAUGUCUUCAUCGACCUGGUCGUUUGGUGCUGCUCCUUCAUCAUAUUUUAUGUCAACCGCAAAUCCGAAAAAUGCAAUUUGGCCAGGAAGUUCUAAAGUCCCAACCCCGUCUCACGUAACGUAUAACCAGAUGACUCACACUGCUAUUCCCGUUAGCACUUUAGAUAUGCAACCUAGAAAGCUACAUCCAGCUAGCAAUGAACCAGAUAAGACUACCUCAAAUAAAAAUGGGUUUAUCCCGUGCAUUACUCCAAUAAAGACUAGUAUCAACGAAAAAAUAGAUUCUUGUUUGCUAUCUAACGACAAACAGGAUCGUCGUGAAUUACUGUAUGCCGCUCGAGGACAUCAGUUACAGGAGCUACAGACAGAGAUUGUUCAGUUAAGAGAGGACAUAGCCAAAGAAAAACGUCUGUCUAAUCAUCGUUUGUUAUUAGCUGAAGGAGAUAAAGAAAUACUACGUUCCAAACUAUCAGCAAUGGAAGAUACUGUCAAGUCACUACGUGAAGAGCUUGUUGCUAAACAAGAAAACUCGGAAGUCUUACAGAAACAACUGAAACAGAAUGAAGAGCUUCAGAAAAAGUUGGAUGAAGAACUUAGAGCUUUACGAUCAACUAAUGAAUCCUUAUCCAGUCAAUUAGUUGAGCUUACUACGGGAAAUGCUUUAAAACGAGCUGAAGAAAGAGAAGCCCAAUUAACAGAAUAUCUAGAACAACGUUUUAUUUCGAAAACUGAGGAAAUUAGAGCAGAACUAAAUACAACUCAAAGACAUUUAACUCAGAAGGAAGUUGAAGUGACUGAUUUACGUCGACAGCUGGAAAUAUCUAAAGCUGAAAUAAUUAAAGCACAACAGACACACAAUAAAAUGAUAAACGAGGCUAAUAAACAAUUGGAGGAGGCUCAAAAGCAUUGUCAACAACUUGCUUCGUCUGCUCUAUGCUCAGAAGUUACGUCCUUAAGACAAAAGGUCAUUGAACUGGAGACUUCGAAAAAGAUAACAGAAGAUGUGAACAAGAUUUUACAGGAUGAACUACGAGAUUUUCGGGAUCAAGUUAGCAUUUAUGAAAGCGUUUUAAAGUUAGAUGUUUAUUUCCAUAACAAUGGUAAUGAUGAGAACCAAUUUUCAUAUGAAUCAAGUGAAUUUACACCUACUGGGAUAAAAGGACGCCAUCCAGGCAAAUCCGUUGCAUUUGCCGAUACCAUCGAGCGCAGCCACGCAAAUUUACAUCGUCGACGUCCAUGUUCAGCAAUCGAACGGCCUAUUCACAGUACGAAUGAUAAUUGUGCCAUCACUGGUUGCGAUUCAAAUGAACAGUCUUACCGCUUUCGCCAGAAUUCGGACGGUAAACAACAACCAUACAGUGAUAAUGAUGAUUUUGCAGACAAAGUAUGCGAAUAUGAACAAGAUGGUUUAUUCCAUUCGUUAACUCGUCAAGGUAUAUUAACCAGUACUCCUGCAGUGUCAGUAAUAUCUCCGAAAUCACCAAUGGCUAAACUACGCAAUGAACUGGAACGUUGUCUUUUAAACUACAAGGCUAAACGAGAACAAGUAACUAAACUUCAUGAAACUCUAUAUACAACACGUUGUCAAUUACAUCAAUCAAGAGAAGCAUUAGAAAAAGCUGAAAAAUCAGCUAAACUUUUACAGGAGCGUGUUCUGUCUUUAGAACAAGAAUUAUCUACUUUGCGUUCUAUCGGCGAUAAUCCUGGGCCUAGGGAAGUCUUACUAAGUGGUCAGUUAGAACGGUUAAAAGGGGAUUAUGCUCACUUGGAACAAGAGUUACAGACAACCCGUACACGUUUACAAGCUGCACUUGGUGCAGAAGCCAAAGCAUUAGAGGCUGAAAGAACUAUCAGUGAACGUUUAGCUGCAAGUGUAGCAGAAAGAGAUGCAGCUGUUGAUCGUGCUAAAGCCCUUUGUGAAGCUCAAUAUACAGUAAUGCGUCGCCGCUUAGAAGCAGACUGGGCCAAUGAAAGAGAAACUAAUGCACGUCGUGCUGAACAAAAACUUGCAGAUAUGAAGAAGGGAAUAUGUGAGAUGGAACGUGAAGUUCAACGGAUUACGAAUUUAUAUCAAGAAAGUCAAAUAUCUACAAAGAAGGCUGUUGAAAACGCUGUCAUGGAGGCUAUGAAGUUGAGAGAAACAGAAAGAAUGCGAUUUUGGAGGGAAGAGCUGCCGGAACAAAUCGAAGUCGCACGUCAGUCAUGGAUUUUGCAAAUGAAAACACAAAAUACAGGAGUCAACGCUCUUAUUAAUAAAUUUAAGGAUAAAAGCAGUCAGACAGAACCUUGUGUAUCAAUGAAUGUUAGCGUAAACACGUCAUAUAUAGCAAAAUCUACCGCAUGUGUUCAAACUGAACUUGGUGAAUUGCUACCAAUAAAUAAUGAAAUUAAAACUGCUAUUCUCAGUAAAUAUCCGAUAUUGUCCGAAUAUUUGUCUGCAGAAUGUCUUUUUAAUUUAUGUACACAUUUAACUGAAACAUCCUGUAUGAAUUUAUGUUAUUUGGAGAAAGAAAUAUCAAACUCUUCUCAAAAUAUCCUUAAACAUCUACUUCAGGAUUUGUUGAAACAGAUCGAUAAUGAAAUUGAUAGACUAAUAGUUGAAUAUAAUGUAUCACAUAUUUUUAAUAGGAAUGUAAAUAAGAAGCUUUCCCCAGAAAAUCAGUUUAUGUUUAAGUGCCCUGAUACGCUACAAUGUAGUUCUGUCGAUAUCUCAACUGAUAAAUCUGAUGAAAUUCUCGCGCAAACAUCUUCGAAUUAUUGUCAGAAAAAUGUAAAUUACAAUUAUUUAAAAAUUCGAUUGUCUAAAAUGAUUGGAUUUGAAUAUCAAUCGGUGCUUGGGAAAAUUCAUUUGUUAGUUGUUAGUCUUGAUGAUACAAGUAAAUGUGUACAAAAAUUCAACAAUCCAUUAUUAAACAACACCAAUUCAAUUACUUAUGAACAGAAAUCUGUACAAGUUAGUGGUCUAGAUGCUGAAUAUUAUCAUUCUAUUAUUAAAAAAAUCAAAGCUGAUGUUUUAAAUUAUGUUGAACUAUGCCAGUCUCGUGCUGCACAAACACUUCAUUCAGAAUUAGCUCGUGUACAUAGAAGAGCUUGUAGACAGUUUACUAAUCAGCUUCGUCAAGCCUUAUUCGAAGCUGGAGCACCAAUAUUUUCUACCCUUAAACCUGGAGACUUUUGUGACAGAACUGUUGACUUCGCAAAUACAACCGAUUCCAAUUUCAUCAAAAAUAAGUCUUGUCAUGUUAACAAAAGGUCUGAAGGUAUGGGCUUAUCGGAAGCUUCCAAUGAAAAUGAUUUUCAAGCUGUUACUACUUCUUCUCCACCAAAUCCACAUUCAGAAUUGGAGUCACUACUACAUAUUAUUGAUGAAGUGUGUGCUUCAACAGAGACUAAAUUUUAUGCGGACACUUCAACUGGAUUACGUUUAUUCAAUCAUCAGUUCAGUGUAUCAAAUUCAUUAUCAAAUGAUGAGAUUAUUCCACAGAAUUCUAUCAAUAAUACAUUUAUGUGUAAUAAUGACGUUACAACAAUUUCAUCUCAUAAUACCGUUACAUUUACUCCUUACAUUGUACGAGAAUGCAAACAGGAUCAAUCAUUAUCAAUGCUUCAUCAUUGUUCUCAUAUUGAACAGAAUUGUGACAAAAAGUCAUCCGUCAAAACUGUACCGAAUCAAUUUAGUAAUCAAAUAAAUAAAAUUAACAGUUUACUCUCAGGAAUCAGUUCUAGUGUAUGUUUAAAUCAUUUGUAUUCUACUGAAAAUUUACCAUCAAAUAUAACCUCUUCAGUAAAUUCGAGUACACAUAUAAAAUCAAGUGAUAACAACGUUUACAAACCAAUACCAACCCCACGCACUCCUCGUCCUGCUUUUGUUAAUGUUAUAGACUCAUCACCGAAGUUUAUCUUGUUGUUCGAGCACAGCGAACUUCUAAUUCUUGCUUCAGUUGGUACAUUUAUCUUCGGGUCCAAUUGCACUAAAAAAACUCGAGGGUCAGUAUUCUUUGUAAUUGGUGUAGUAUGUUUGGUAUUUUUUGACCAUGAUUAUAGUCAUGGGGAGACGGAGCAUCCUGAAGGAGUUCAUAAAAGUUUCCUAAUCCAUCAUUUAUAUGAAUUAUUUGUAAACUUUGGACUCUCAGAUCACAAGGUUGGUGUUGUUGUCCUAAUUAGUGCGGUUUGCUUGGAUGCCGGGCUAGCUUCAAUUUCUAGGACGUUAGUAACAUCUGUCGGAGGUGCCAAACGUUUAUACAGCCUUUCUGCGUUAAUCAGCUUCGUCAUAUUGAUUCCGUUUUUUCUUCUUACUCACUUCUUCAAUGGAAACUCCUUUCACACCAAGGAACAAUUAAAUCUUUUGAAGAUGGUAGAAAAUGUUAACAAUCAAAUGCCUUCUCAUGAAUCAUCUGGAAACAUUCCACAAAGAGAUUGGCUAUUUUGGAUGGUUUAUAUAAGUACCAUGCAUGUAAUCGAUUUCUAUAUGACCAGUCUGGUCAGCGGGCGACUUGGUUCUCAAUCAGUGACUCGUCUUGCUAAACUAACUGUCGUUAUAACUAGCCUAAUAUUCAGCCUUUUCUGGUCAUCUUCAGAUUCCAUAGAACAAUUUGUUUCAGUCGAUCGUAAUGAGAUUCUUGUAAACAGUUUCCUACUUAAACAUCAAAUGUCUGUUGGAGUAAUUGUUUCGGUCGUUUGUAUUUUAUAUGCUUCAGAUCUUUUAACUGCAGAUAAAUCUGGUCAUGGUCCAGAAGGCAUUUCAAGUGGUCAUUUUAUUGGUUAUUCAAUGGCUGGUUUACCUUUAUUUACUGCUGGACAAACACCUACACACGGUACUGCCUUAUUAGCGAAUUCAGAAGAAUUUGGUCUAUGGUAUCAUUUACGAGCUACGUUUCAUGGCAUAUUAACUGGACAAGCUUCACGUCGCAUUUUCGCGUUCUUGUGUUUAAAUCUAGCUUUUACAUUUGUGGAACUUUUUUAUGGUGUAUGGACAAAUAGUUUAGGUUUAAUUUCUGACGGUUUUCAUAUGUUAUUCGAUUCAGCAGCACUUGUAGUAGGAUUAUAUGCUGCUGUAGUUUCACACUGGAAACCGACACGUAUAUUCUCAUUUGGAUAUAACAGUGCAGAGAUUCUAUCUGGACUUGUCAAUGCACUGUUCCUGUUGGUUAUAUCUGGAUCAGUGUUUAUCAAUUCAAUUGUACGUAUUCAUCAACCACCAGACAUUAAAACUGAUAAAUUAUUGGCUGUAUCUAUUUUAGGUUUGCUUGUAAAUAUUGUUGGUGUUGUCGCUCUUGGUCAUGCUCACAGUCAUGGAGGCCAUGGUCAUAGUCAUGGUGGACAUGGUCACAGUCAUAAUCAUGGAGGCAGUUCUAGUGGACAUUGUCAUAAUCACGAGCAUGGUCACAGCCAUAGCCGGAAUCAUAGCCACAGUUCAAAUAGAUCUCAUUCUCAUCACUAUGAUCUCAAACAUGCUGUUGAAGCUCAUAAUGAAGAACUUCAUUAUGGUCAUACACACGGUCAUCAGCAGCACUGUGGAUCGCACAAAUCACAGAAAGAUGAAGCAGGAGAUGCUAACCUACGAGGUGUGUAUUUACAUGUGCUUGCUGAUACUUUGGGUAGUGUAAGUGUAAUAUUCAGUUCAUUUCUGGUAACCAAUUAUGGUUGGAAUGUAGCUGACCCGAUAUGUUCAAUGUUUAUUGCAUGUGUAAUUGGCUAUUCAGCUAUGCCUUUGCUCAAUGAUACCCUUUGUUUGCUUACUUUAAAAGUACCUGAUGAAUUUCAUUCUCAAUUAAUGGUUAAGAAAAUAUUACAAGUGGAUGAAGUUGUUUCUGUUUCAAAUCCAUUUGUUUGGACUCAUAUGCAUAAAUCUGUAUGUGUUUGUGUAACGGUGCGAAUUCAGUCUAGUGCCUCAGAACAAGUAUUAUUACGAAAGAUUAAAGAAUUAAUUCAAAAUCAUUUCACAUCUGUAUCUCAUUUAACUAUACAAAUUGAAAAAGAAGAAUAUGAAUAUCAUACUCAAGCUAUGGGUUUACAUUUAUCUGUUAUUGGACAUUAUCCUAAAUCAUUUAUCAAUUCGAAUGUUUUAAUGAAUGGAUUAACACAUCAUCAUCACCAUGAUAAUACCAAUCAUUGUGAUAAAUAUAACUGUUCAUCUGAACGCAUGAAUUUAUUAUCUGUUAAAGAUAUUUAA